AUGGCGGCAUUCGGAGAGGAUCUGUUGGGUGUGGUGAACAGACUGCAAGACCUCGUCUUCAACACCAUCGGCAAUGACUCGCUUGACCUCCCACAGAUUGUCGUGGUCGGCUCGCAAUCAUCUGGCAAGUCCUCUGUGCUCGAAAACAUCGUCGGACGAGAUUUCCUCCCCCGCGGUAGCGGUAUCGUCACCCGUCGCCCGCUCAUUCUCCAGCUCAUCAACUUGCCCUCCGAACGCACCGACAGGCCCAGCGACGAUGAAGUUCACGUUCCUCRCACCCCGGCAGCGGUUGCAGGACAGGAUGAGUGGGGAGAGUUCAACCACAUGCCCAGCCGCCGCUUCUACGACUUCCAGGAAGUCCGGCGCGAGAUUGAGGCCGAGACGGCGCGCAUUGCAGGCACCAACAAGGGCAUCAACCGCCAACCGAUCAACUUGAAGAUCUAUUCACCGCAUGUGCUCAGUCUGACACUUGUCGAUCUUCCCGGUCUUACCAAGGUGCCAAUCGGCGACCAGCCCACCGACAUCGAGAAGCAGACUCGCAACCUCAUCUCUGAGUACAUCGCAAAGCCCAAUAGCAUUAUCCUGGCCGUCUCGCCUGCAAAUGUGGAUCUGGUGAACUCAGAAUCGCUCAAGCUGGCUCGGCAGGUCGAUGCUACAGGAAAGCGCACAAUUGGUAUCCUGACCAAGCUGGAUCUCAUGGACCACGGCACAAAUGCGUUGGACAUUCUCUCCGGGCGUGUGUAUCCGCUCAAGCUAGGAUUCAUUGGCGUUGUCAACCGUUCGCAACAGGACAUUCAAGGAAGCAAGCYAAUGAGCGAGGCGCUCUCCGCAGAGCGCGAGUUCUUCCGCAUGCACCCAGCGUACCGCAACAUUGCAUCGCGAUGUGGCACGCAACAUCUUGCGAAGACGCUCAACACGACCCUCAUGACACAUAUCCGCGAGCGAUUGCCCGAUAUCAAAGCACGACUCAACACUCUGAUGGGUCAGACACAGCAAGAGCUAGCAUCAUAUGGGACAGACGCCUUCACAGGCAAGGAACACCGCGGGUCGCUCAUACUCCAGCUCAUGACACGUUUCGCAACCUCCUUCAUCUCCUCCAUCGAUGGUACAUCUUCUGAGAUCAGCACCAAGGAGCUAUGUGGAGGUGCGCGGAUCUACUACAUUUUCAAUUCGGUCUUUGGAAACAGCCUGGAAACAAUCGAUCCUACUCAGAAUCUCUCCGCUCUCGACAUCCGAACAGCGAUUCGUAACUCGACGGGUCCGAGACCAUCCCUGUUUGUCCCCGAACUUGCUUUCGAUCUCUUGGUGAAGCCGCAGAUCAAGCUCCUGGAAAUACCCAGCCAAAGAUGYGUGGAACUUGUAUACGAAGAAUUGAUCAAGAUCUGUCACACAUGCGGAUCAACUGAGCUCUCACGGUACCCACGACUGCAGRGACGUCUCAUCGAGGUUGUCUCCGAAUUGCUUCGUGAACGCUUGGGACCAUCAUCAACAUACGUUGAAAGCUUGAUUGCAAUUCAGCGAGCGUACAUCAACACAAACCACCCCAACUUUCUCGGUGCCGCAGCCGCUAUGAGCAGUGUGAUGCAAGACAAGCAUGAUCGCGAGAAGCGAGUGGCUGCAGCAGAGGAGAAGCGAAAGCGUGACGCUCGAAGAAAGAAGGAGUUGAACGGAGUGAAUGGUGUUGAUGCACCCGAWGAAGAGGAGGCAGAGGAGUCACAAUCCAUGAUGCCCAUCAGAAAUGCCGUCAAGUCACAACAGAGUAGGAGCAUGAGUCCUGCAAUCGGUCGUGAUGGUCAAAGGAUCUUACACGCUGCAAGCCCUUCUAACGGAGCUGCAUCUAAUGGUGGUGGCAAGGAUUCGUUCUUGAACUACUUUUUUGGAAAGGAGAAUGGCGGAGCCGCGAGCGCACUACCUGGGCAGAGCACAUCCAAUGCGAUGACGAGCCGACACGUCAGCCAAAACAUCGAGCCCAGCAUAAGUGCCAGCUUCCGGAGAGGUGAUACCCGCCCCCCGCCACCGGUAAUACAAGAUGUAGGAUUCGAUGAUGUUGCAGAUCGUGAUGAGAAUGCUUUGGACGACCCGACAGGCCCAGCUCUGACUGAGCGCGAGUCUUUGGAGACGGAGCUUAUUCGUCGUCUGAUCAGCAACUACUUCAACAUUGUGCGCGAGACCAUUGCAGACCAAGUUCCUAAAGCAGUAAUGCACUUGCUGGUCAACCAUUCAAAGGACGUUGUGCAAAACAGACUAGUCUCGGAACUCUACCGAGAAGGUCUUUUCGAGGAGCUCUUGUACGAGGACGAUGGCGUACGGGAGGAGCGCGAGAAGUGCGAGAAGCUGCUAUCCACAUACAAGGAGGCAAGUAAGAUUAUUGGAGAGGUGCUUUGA